AUGCAGUCGCUUCGCCAAUACAAACAACUCAGGCAGGCGGUCCAGAGACAACUGGAGAGAGACACAGACAAGGCCAAAGCACUAUCCGCAUACACUCAACAACAUGGACUCGACAAACAUGAGGAAAACCAGAUCUUCGGCGGACAGCCUUUGGAGCAGAUCGAAACGCCCAGUAGGGACGAGGAAGCCAAUGGCGACCAGGAAGCACUGGACGCGAUAGUCGAAGACGAAUUGGAAGACUCAUACCCUCAAGUCGACAACCAAAAUGAAUUGAACAGGAUACACACCAGCAGGAGCCAUCAUGCAGAUCUAGCCAGGACAAAGAGCGAAAAUGCCGAU